AUGAGGGGCUCCUGGAGGAGUCUUCUUCCAUUAACCAUAGCACUUUUUGCGGGGGCUAUUGAUUGCCAGAGAGUCUUUGCUGGGCAAUAUGAUCAAAAUCCUUCUGUCAGAACUGAUUCUGGGAGCAGAGAAACAAGUCGACUACAGUUCCGGAACCAAGAUAACUUGGGACCAACAAACAAGGUGUUCAGUUUGUUUCAGGUACACAACCCUCUUUCCACUUUGGACCAUGCUCCUGUGACGCCUCAAACCGUUGUAGCCUCCAAUGGUUGGAGGAGAAACCUGGCAGGGAGGGAAAACCGAAAACAGCACUCUGUGCCCACAAAUGUCAGAUCACAGACCAACAACCCUGGGACAAAAACUGAUUCUCCAGGCAGAAGCUUGAGUUGGACUCUGCAGCAGAAACAAAGGACAGACACCUCACACCAAUGGUUACGAAGUGGGCCAAAGCCACGGGCAUCACAACCAAGAAUGCAAAAUUCCAGAGGCCGGAUGUUAGGGCCAAAUGUCUGUGGGGGACAAUGCUGUUCAGGCUGGACAACAGCGCCUGGGACAAAUCGAUGUAUUAAACCUGUAUGUGAUCCUCCAUGCCAGAACAAAGGAUCCUGCAGUCGUCCCCAGCUUUGCAUUUGUCGUUCAGGCUUCAGAGGCUCCAGAUGUGAAGAGGUGGUUCCAGAACAAGAGUAUCAUCCUCCUAGCUUUGCAGCAGGUCUACAGCCCCCAGCAAGCUCCCUUCUGAAAAGAAUGGGCAAUGCAGCGAGAGAAGGCCCACGAAAUGGAAGACAGCAACCAACUGUUCAGAAGCAACCAGAUAGGACUCAGAGCAGAAGUGGUUCAGUUGCUGCACCUCAGCUGCACUCAGGUCCCUCCCGCACAGUGCGACGCUAUCCAGCUGCAAAUAAUGAUCAGCUUACAUCCAAUGUACUGCCCAAUGGAAAUGGAUUUGAACAGAGCAGUGCUGGGCCACGGACAGCAUUCCCAGAACCUGCUUCAUCUCUCUGGGGUGUCAACCUGACAGAAAAGAUCAGGAAGAUAAAGAUUGUCUUCACUCCCACAAUCUGCAAACAGACUUGUCGGCAGGGUCACUGCUUCAAUAGCUGUGAGAAAGGAGACACCACCACCUUAUACAGUCAGGGUGGACAUAACCAUGAUCCUAAAUCUGGCUUCCGUAUCUAUUUCUGCCAGAUUCCCUGUCUAAAUGGUGGACGCUGUGUGGGCAGGGAUGAAUGUUGGUGCCCAUCCAACUCUACAGGGAAGUUUUGCCACUUGCCAGCUUUAAAACCAGCAAAGAAGCAAGUGCCCAACAGUCUGACAAGCAACUCCAUGAAGCAUUCUAUGUACACACUUCCUCUGUCCAACCAGCUUGCUUCAAUAAACCCUUCCCUUGUGAAUGUACAUAUCAAUCACCCUCCAGAAGCUGAAGUGCAAAUCCAUCAGGUGGCCAGAGUGAAGAGUGACUCAGAUCAUUCAGAAGAGAAUAGUGUUGAAACAGUGUUGGUAUCUCAGCUUCCCAUAGGACACCAGUACAAUGAUAAUGCCACCAGAAACAGCAACAGCAUUGUCACAGAAAGCAAUCAAAAGCAAAGAACUCAGGAUCUCAUGGGAAGGUGUUACCUGGAGUCAGUACAUGGAAAGUGUGCAGGCCCCCUGCUUGGUCUGGCCAAAUAUGAGGAUUGUUGUGGCAGUGUAGGAGCAUUUUGGGGAGUCAGCAGGUGUAUCCCAUGUCCACUGAAGCCAGCUUACCCAGUGGUUGAAAAUGGACAAGUUGAAUGCCCACAGGGGUACAAGAGGCUAAAUCGGAGUCACUGCCAAGAUAUCAAUGAGUGUGUAAUACUUGGGAUAUGUAAAGAUGCAGAAUGUGUGAACACCCGUGGCAGCUUCCUCUGUACUUGUAAGGCUGGCACAAUGCUGGACCCAUCUCGCAGUCACUGUAUUUCGGAUAAAGCAGUUUCCACAGAGCAAGGACUGUGCUAUCGCUCAGCAGUAGGAGGAGUUUGUGCCCUGCCACUUAACCAGCGCAUCACAAAACAGAUCUGCUGCUGUAGUCGUGUAGGCAAAGGUUGGGGGGAAAAUUGUGAGAAGUGCCCAUUGCCAGGCUCUGAAGCCUUUAAGGAGAUUUGCCCUGCAGGGCAUGGCUACACUUAUUCCAGCUCUGACAUUCGGAUGUCCAUGAGAAAGGCAGAAGCAGAUGAGCUCCCACACAGUUCAGAAGAGCACAGGGAAAGUAGUGACGGGCUUCCUGACUGGACCAUAAGACAGCAGAAGCUGCAGGAGGCUCUGAGUGGCGGUUUCACAGGCACACUCCCCAGGAGUGAUAUCCUACCUGGAAAAGAAGAAUCUAUCUUUACAGAGGAUGAUCGGAAUACAGAUGAUGCUAUCCAAGAAACUGGCAUCGAUCCAGUGGAUAUAGAAGAUACUUCUCCUCAUUCUCCUGUCCAGCCACUUCCAGGAGCUGUAGGGGAAGAAACUACUCCAACUGCAAUGACAACAACAUUUCCAGAGACCAUGGCAUGCUCUUCAUCACCCAACGUCUGUGGUCCAGGCACCUGCGUAAACUUGCCAGGAGGAUAUGCUUGCUUCUGCUACCCUGGCUACAGGCAGCAUCCCAGUCACACCUAUUGCACUGAUGUUGAUGAAUGUGAAAGAAAUCCAUGUGAUGGGAAAGGCCACUGUGUCAACAGUGAGGGCUCUUAUUCCUGCCUCUGUUUCCCUGGGUAUACUCUCUUCACCUCACAAAAUGCACAAACUUGUCAGGAUGUAAAUGAGUGUGACCAGCCAACUGUGUGCCAUGGAGGGCAAUGUGUCAACACACUUGGUUCCUAUCACUGUGAGUGCAAAGUGGGCUACCUCAUGGAUCAAACAGGAAUGUGUAAAGAUGUGGAUGAAUGUGCAACCCAUAAUGCCUGCCUGAGGGGACGCUGCAUCAACACUGAGGGCUCCUUCUCUUGUGUGGCAUGUGGCACUGGGUACAUUGCAUCAAGGGAUGGAAGAAUGUGUGAAGAUAUUGAUGAAUGCAUCUCACACACAGCCUGCCCCCAGGGAGUUUGCACUAAUACACAGGGAUCAUUCACCUGCCAAGCCUGUGACCCUGGCUAUGUGCUCUCAUCCAGUAGACUCACUUGCGAAGAUGUUAAUGAAUGUGAAGAUCCAAACACUCACUGCCUGGGAGGUGAAUGUUUAAACACACCAGGCUCCUACUUGUGCCACUGCAGACCUGGAUUUGAGCUCUUUAAUGGGACCAUGUGUGAAGAUCAGAAUGAGUGCCUGGAUAAUGGCAUCUGCAGCCCCAAUGGGGAGUGCCUGAACAGCCAUGGAUCCUACUUCUGCAUUUGCGCUCUUGGCUUCUCAAAUGCUGCUGGUGGAGUCAACUGCCAAGAUGUAGAUGAGUGUGCAGACCAGUCCAGGUGUUUGCGUGGCCAGUGCCUCAAUACAGAAGGAUCUUACACUUGCUUGUGUCAAACUGGCUUCAAACAUUCUCAGGACACAGAUGACUGUAUUGACGUGGAUGAGUGUGAAGAAUACGGGAAUACUAUGUGUGGCACGUGGCAAUGCCAGAACACACUGGGUUCAUAUCACUGCAUUAUGGGCUGUCCAUCUGGCUUCUAUCGCACAUCAUUUGGUGAAUGCAUUGAUAUUGAUGAAUGUGCCAAUGAGACACUGUGUGGGAGCCAUGCCUUCUGUGACAACAUAGAUGGCUCAUUCCGUUGUCUGUGUGACCGUGGCUAUGAAAACUCACCUUCGGGCCAUGACUGCAUUGAUGUGAAUGAAUGUGAGAUGAUGGUUGCUGUGUGUGGAACUGCCCUUUGUGAGAACGUAGAAGGAGCCUUCUUGUGCCUUUGUCCCAGUGACCAUGAGGAGUAUGACACGGAAGCAGGGGAGUGCCGCCCCCGAGCGGGCAUCGGAGAUCCUGGAAGGCCUGUUUCUUUGCAUCCCGAAGGCUCAGAGAGGAAGGAAUGCUACUAUCAUAUCAGUGACAUCCCACUAUGUGAGAGUGUCUUGGCCAACAACACCACCAAGGAAGAAUGCUGUUGCACUGAAGGGGCUGCCUGGGGAGACAAUUGUGAAACAUACCCAUGCCCUGUCAUUGGCUCAGUGGAAUAUAUUGAGAUUUGCCCCAGUGGGAAGGGCUAUAUCCCUGUGGAAGGGACGCUGAUCUUUGGACAGAUAUCUUACACAGAUGCUGAGGAAUGUGAAAUGUUUGGCCCUGAAGUUUGUCGAAAUGGACACUGUGUGAACACAGUACCGGGGUUUACUUGCUUCUGCCACAUCGGAUAUUUCUACGAUUCCAGCAGGCUUGAAUGCGUUGAUCUAGAUGAGUGUGAGAAUGAAGAAACUUGUGCAAAUGGCAAGUGUCUCAACACAGCUGGUUCCUACCACUGCUUCUGUAGCCUUCCCCUCGUGCUGGAUGCAACCCGCAACCGCUGCAUCAACACAUCCAGUACUGCAGAUGAGUUGGAUGAACGUGACAUUCACUUGGACAUCUGCUGGGAGAGAGUAUCGAAUUAUAUGUGUAAUGAGCCACUGCUGGGGCAACAGACCACAUACACAGAGUGCUGCUGCCGUUAUGGAGAGGCCUGGAGUCAGGACUGUGCACUCUGUCCCCCCAGGUCCUCUGAGGACUUUGCUCAACUGUGCAAUGUUGCCAGAAGUGAGGCUGGACUCCGAGAAAGGCCUGGCUAUGAAUAUGAACAGCAUCAGGAGGACCAUCAUUAUGGAUUCUAUGGCCCAGAUUUAGAGUCCUAUUAUAAUCAUUUAGGCCUUGCAUAUGGGGCUUCUGAUACCAGCCUCUCCAACAGAGAACCAAGAAAUGAAUUUGCAGAUGGUGCAGUCCUGCAAGCACCACCGCUCCAUCCACUGCAGGAACAGCCACACUACUUGCCCGACCAAACUGGGCAGUACAGCAGCUUCGAAGGGCUGCAAGCAGAGGAGUGUGGGAUUCUGAAUGGUUGUGAUAAUGGACGCUGUGUGCGUGUACAGGAGGGCUACACCUGCGACUGCUUUGAUGGCUUCCAAUUAGACUUGAUUCUCAUGGCCUGUGUGGAUGUUAAUGAGUGUGAAGAAGCAAAUGCCUCUGUAACCUUGUGUGAAGGAAGCACCUGCGAGAACACAGAGGGCUCGUAUCGCUGCAACUGCUUGCCUGGCUAUGUAGCCUUAGCCGAGCCCCACCGGUGUGUGCCAGAAACGCUGGAGAAUCCUGACGCAGCAUGACUCCAAGAGCAGCAAUGGAACAGAGACAACCCUUUCAGCCAUUUGCUUUGAACUGGAGGUCUGUCCAGCUGGAAAGGAGUUACCAGGAUAGCAGCUUUAAAAAUCCUUUGUCUCCCAAAGAUAGAAACUCAGCAUGUCUCACUUGGGCUAAACUGACAGGGACAAAGGUGAAUGGGAAGCUGCAAUGGCCAUUGCAGGCCUGCUCAGCACAAGCUUCCUGCUUCAGCUACAGUAUAAACACUCAGGUCCCAGUCUGCUUAUCAUGUGCUAUUUGAAGUUUCCAUCCCCACUUAGGUCAGAGGAACUUGGCCCUCAGUUGCUAACUUGGCACUGUGUGGGCCAAUAGUAUGUUCACCACCAUCCAACCCUUUUGCCCCUCAGUUCAUAUCAUGAACUUGCAGAAUCUUAUGCCUUCAUGAUAUAUUCUCUCAAGGUUUUAUUCCUUGUACAGUACUCCCUCCUGCAUUCCACUCAAGACCACUUUAUGUAGAAUUCCUUUUAUCUGUCACAGAACCACAGUGCUCUAAUUUUACUUCCAGUCCUUCUCCAACUGUCCUCAGACACACAUCUGAGCCUAAUCGCUCCAUCAGUUGGUGAAGUGGCACAGAGUGCAGGUCACUUCCAGCUUGUGUGCUAAAUAGGCAGUGUCUCACAAGCAACACAGAUAUCGAUGAACUACAUAUUCUUUCUACAGCAGCUGAGGAACAUUCCCAUUCCAAUAUGCCAUUGGAAUUUCAGCUGCACCUUGCUGAAUCAGUCCAAAGCUCAAAUCAUAGCAGGCCAAAGGACACACUCUCCUUAAGAUGAGCCUAGAACAGGGGGUGGCCAUCCUCAGUUACAUAGGGUAUCCUAGUCACAGUCUGACAGUAGCUUGGACUCCAAAGGACUUCUUGGCUCAGUCUUUCUUUAUUCAUGCCAACCACAGGCAUCUACCCUGCACUUUCUGUGACUGCUGAAAUAAUAGUUUGGAAAGUGGGAAGGAUUACAGCUCCUUAGUUUUUGGAAAGUGCUCUAUGUGGUGCUUUCUAUUGGAAUGAAAAAUACAUGAUGUUAAAUAAAUGAUUUUAUAUUGUG